AUGAGUGGUCAGAAAGUGCUUGACGUCCACACGGAUCCGGAUCCUGGGGCGCAAGAGACGCCGGGACACACACAAAGCACGCCCGAGGUACAGAAGUACACGUAUACCACGUUGCCUGGCUACUUUCUGCAGGAUGACCCGGAGACGAAGCCGGAGACCUUUGAGUUCAUGAAGACGAACUUUGGACUUGUACAGCUCUCGUACGACUCGGACGAGAACCUGCCAAACGGGGGUCGAGAUGCGACCGCGUGGCAGCGGUUCGAAAACCACAUCGCGACACUCAAUCGAGCAGAGGAGCGGAAGAGGCAUGGAUCCGAGGAAGGCAGCCACACACGGUACAAGUUGCUGUUCCUGGGCCGACACGGCAACGGGUACCACAACAUCGCGGAACGGUAUUACGGGCGUGAAGCAUGGGACUGCCACUACUCGGCCUUGGACGGGGACCCUGAGAAUGUGAUGGUCUGGUCGGACGCGCACCUGAGCAGGGAAGGACGCCGACAGGCUGCGGAGGUCAAUGACUUUUGGAACGCGCAGAUCAGAGGCGAGAAGAUGAGUUUGCCACAGAAGUAUUUUGUGAGUCCCCUGGACAGAGCCAUGGAGACUGCACAAAUCACUUUCAAGGGUCUUUUGGACAAAUUUGAUCCGACGGUGAUGGAGCGGCUACGGGAAGGUACAGGCAUCCACACGUGUGACAGGCGCAGUGAUGUGUCGUACAUCCGCGGCCGUUUUCCCGAGUUCAUCACGACGCGAGACCCUCUGCUUACGGAGUCGGAUGAGUUCUGGGACCCAGAUUUGAGAGAGCCCGAUGAUGCACUGACGACGAGGCUUGGAGAGCUGUUUGAUCAAUUGAUGCGAACGAGCGAAGGCUUCAGAGAUUCGGAAAGAGUCAGCUUCACCAGCCAUUCGGGCGCUAUCGGCGCGAUACUGAGAUUUCUGGGGCACAGGCCCUUUGCGUUAGGUACAGGUGCCGUUAUUCCUGUUUUCAUCAAGAUCGAAACCAGGGAGGACCUGGACAAGAGACACGGUGGGGAAGCGGAAGGGGGAAAGCAUGCAAAGGUCGACGGCGACGAAGUGGAUGUCGGGGAAGACGAUGCCAGUCUUGCUGAUACAAUGGCCGUGGAUAAAUCCCAAUGGGGCCGUCUACCGGCUUGUCCCGUCGAUAUGGACCUCAACACGGUCGGGCCGAAACGUUGGAAUAUGGAUUUGAAAGAAUUUGUGGCUGGCGUGGAGAACGGGACUGUCCAAAUCGAGGAGGUCGCUUUUCGAUGA